GAAGAUUGAACUAUAAAAUUGAGUCGGCAAAAACUGGAAUCUCGAUGGUUUUGAAUCCAACGGUCAGAAAUCAGUCGAUUCCCGCCCUUUAUACGGUUGACUUUGGAACAGAGCAAGAGUGAAGGAGAAGGGAAAGGCGCGAAAGAAAGAUGUGUGGAAGGGCUCGUUGUACUCUGAGGGCCGAUGACAUCCCUAGAGCUUGCCACCGGACCGGUGGUUCAGUCCGUACUGUUAAUAUAGACCGGUAUCGUCCGUCGUACAAUGUUUCGCCGGGAUCGAAUUUGCCUGUUGUUCGGAGAGCGGACGGAUCAUCAGAUGGUGGUGAAGAUGUGGUACUUGAAUGCAUGAAAUGGGGUUUAAUUCCCAGUUUCACUAAGAAAACUGAGAAACCUGAUCACUACAAGAUGGUAAUGUUUAAUGCACGUUCUGAGUCCAUAGGUGAAAAGGCUUCUUUUCGUCGCCUGGUUCCUAGAAGCCGGUGCCUUGUUGCAGUAGAAGGGUUCUAUGAGUGGAAAAAAGAUGGAUCUAAAAAGCAGCCUUACUACAUCCAUUUCAAGGAUGGUCGGCCUCUUGUGUUUGCUGCCCUUUAUGAUUCUUGGGAAAACUCUGAAGGUGAAAUGUUUUAUACCUUCACUAUUCUUACCACUUCCUCAUCCUCAGCUUUAAAGUGGUUGCAUGACAGGAUGCCUGUUAUUUUGGGUGACAAGGAAUCAAGUGAUAAAUGGCUAACUGGAUCUUCAGCCACCAAAUUUGAUACGUUGCUUAAACCGUAUGAGAAUUCAGAUUUGGUUUGGUACCCAGUGACACCAGCUAUGGGCAAGCCAUCUUUUGAUGGGCCAGAGUGCAUAAAGGAGAUAAAGCUGAAAACAGAAGGGAGCAAUCUGCUGUCAAAAUUUUUCUCCCCGAAGGGGAUUAAAAAAGAAUCGGAGUUAAAGUCGGAGAAGGAAAGUACUUCUGACAUAUCAGUCAAAAGUGAUCUGCCUAAAAGCUUGAAAGAAGAACCGAAAGAAGAACCUGAACCCAGAGAGAGUAAUGAAGGACAAUCAUCUUUAACUGAAAAUGAAGAGCAAGACUUCAAAUCUAGUGAACCUACAUUGCCUAAGGACGAUGCAGGUAAGUGCCAGACAAAGCGUGCUUAUGAAGAGCUUUCAGCUGAUUCAGAGUUGGCUACGGAUGAAACCGAAAAGCUGAUAACUAGUCCAGCAAAGAAGAAGGGAAACUUGAAGAGUGCUGGUGAUAACAAACAGCCUACUCUCUUUUCUUACUUUGGAAAAUGCUAGACUCUUAUUCCUUGUGUGUAAAUAUGCACAGACGGCUUUAGAAUUGAUGGUGGUGGAAAGGUAAUGUGAAGGUUUUUCUUUAGCACGAUGCAAACCUUCAAUCGCUAGGAAGCCGGUUCUGUCGCACCCAAUGACUAUCGUACACUUUUUUUUUUAGUCUCCUUUAGUUUUCCUGCCUUAGCAGCAACGCUUUCUUUUGCUAGUUUGAAAAAAUAUACAAUAUAUGGAAGUUAAGAAAGAACAAAGUUUAUUUUUCAUUAUUA